AUGUCCGCAAGGUUCAAUUCGACAUCGUCGGUGAGCGAGCCUGUGCCGGAAGUGAGCCCUGAGUCGACUCUAUCCGACUUUUCCGAUCUGUCCGCUGCCGAUCUGAGCACCAUGCCCGAAUAUAUCGGAUACCUGAAGGAUAUGGGUCUCGAUUACGGCUGGGGUCCGUCGUCGGUCAUCGAGUUCUUCAUUGAACAUUUGCACAUCUGGGGAGGCCUGCCGUGGUGGGCGAGUAUUGUUGGUACCGGUCUCCUGCUGCGUGCCGCCCUCUUCGUACCUACGCUGGGUGCUGCCGACACUUCGACCAAGAUCACCAACCUCCGACCCAUCACCGAACCUCUCCGGCAACAGAUGAUGCAGCUUGGCGGCCAGGGUAACCACGCGGAGAUGUACAAGCUUAGAGCGGAGAUGCAGAGGGUCCAUCACCAGCAUGGCGUCAAGACAUGGAAGACCUUCAUCCCCAUGCUGCAGAUCCCCUUUGGUUUCGGUUGUUACCGAGUCGUCCAGGGUAUGACCGCCAUGCCCGUUCCAGGCCUGGCUCUGGAGUCCGUCGGUUGGCUGAGGGACCUUACCGUUGCCGAUCCCUACUUCGUGCUCCCCGUCCUCUCGUCAUUGUGCAUGUAUCUGAGUUUGCGGAAAGGAGGUGAGAAUGGCGUCAACCAGCUCCAAGGAACAGCAUUCGGCAGACUCUUCCUGUACGGCAUGCCCGGUAUCUCGUUCCUCUUCAUGGCCUUCUUCCCCGGUGCGCUCCAGCUCUAUUUCGUGGCUACCGGUUUGUUCGGUCUGGGCCAGGCCCACCUGCUCGCCUCCGACAAAGUGAGAAAGAUGUUCAAUAUCGCAAUCCCCCAGAGACAGGCUUUGCCAGCUGCCAAUGGCUCCGCACCCGGUGAAGGCGGCUCGCAGCAGAACAAGGCCAUCCGCACGCUCAAGGAGCGGCUGGAGGCCGAGCGAGCCAAGAUGAUCCAGGCUGAUCCCAAGGCGGCUGACAGCUUGGAAGUCAGCUUCAUCGAUCGCGCUCUGAAUUCCAUGAAGGACGCCAAGGACAACCUGGCGCGCGAAGCCGCGGGCAAGAUCAAGGAGGUACGCGGUGAAGGCCCUAAGAAGAACGCCGAUGGCUCGCUCGCCGAGCCUCCCAGACUGAGCGAGAAGGAUCGUCAGCUGGCGGCCGACUACGAGAGAAGACGAAAGGAAGAGGAGGAUUGGAAGCGGGAGGAGAGGAACCAUGCUCGCCGGGAAGCUCAUCUGAGAGCUCUGGAGCUUGAGAAGGAGAAGGCUCGUGGGGAAUUCAAGGUCAAGCAAAGGUGA